GAGCUGUCAAUCAAACGUUCUUGUGCGUCAUUUCCGUUGUCAGGUGGUGCUGUCGCUGUGGAAAGAUGCGAUCAGCGAGAAGCGGAGGCUUUUCCUUAAUUGCUCAUUUCAGUAAUAGAGGCUAAACAACGCGAAACUAAAACCCCCGAAGCUUCUCCCGGUUGAGAGAGAAGCUCCGUACACCCACCACAGAGUUCGCCUGAGAAAUGUUGAUAUUUUAAGAGGACAACGCAGAUCUUAGCCGGCGGUUUUGGCUUUGAGAGCUCCAGUAUGUCCAAACGGCGCUCGUCAGAGAGGGGGGCUGGAGAGACAUCAGGCAGGGCCAGCAAGCUGCAGUGUCCUGGGAUAUCUGGCAGUAACGCCAAGAGAGCCGGCCCCUUCAUCCUCGGACCUCGCCUGGGCAACUCGCCAGUACCGAGUAUAGUCCAGUGUUUGGCCAGGAAAGAUGGCACAGAUGACUUCUAUCAACUUAAAAUCCUGACGCUGGAGGAGCGAGUGGACUCUGCGGGGGAAACCCAGGAGGAGCGGCAGGGGAAGAUGCUGCUGCAUACAGAAUACUCUCUCCUUUCUCUGCUGCACAACCAGGAUGGUGUGGUUCACCAUCAUGGCCUUUUUCAGGAUCGCGCCUAUGAAAUAGUAGAGGACAUGGAAGCCAACAAAGUUCGUAAGAUGAAGAAGCGGAUCUGCCUCGUCCUGGACUGCCUCUGCGCUCACGAUUUCAGUGACAAGACGGCAGAUCUAAUAAACCUCCAGCAUUAUGUCAUAAAGGAGAAGAGACUGAGCGAGCGUGAAGCUAUUGUCAUUUUCUACGAUGUUGUGCGUGUGGUGGAGGCCCUCCAUAAGAAAAACAUUGUGCAUAGAGACCUCAAGCUGGGAAAUAUGGUGCUGAACAAACGGUAAGUCGACGCUAGGUCACUCAUCCCGCAUUGUCGGUCAAGUCAUGCUGAAUAACGCUGCCUAUUGUGCCAGUUUUGCUGUUUUAGCCUGUUAGUAUUGUUCCUGGUGGCUGACUGGACCCCAGAAUUUGGAUCCAGUGUGUGUAUUAAGCUUUAAACCCACACAGAGGCCACAUUAUUUGACUAUAAGUGAAAUUACACUCAGGAACCUGAAGUCUUGCUUUCUAGUGCUCAAAUGUGUCUGGGUGUUGAGUAACGAUAGAUGAUUCAUUCCCCAUGGUCAGAGUUUUGAAAAUGGACUCUGGUGCCAAACAAAACAAUGAACAUGCCUCUGCUUUGAUCUCAGUGGGAAAGUGUUUGGGUCUGGGGGUGUAUGAGUAAUUUAGUAAUGCACAGAAGACCCUGUUGAGUGCACCUCAGGUCAAAGUGCUGCAGCUCAGAUUAGACGUGCAGGAUGGAAAACUACUCAUCUGUAAACUCCCUCUAACCAACUCAUGCGCAAGGGAUAUGAAAGGCUUGUACAAAUGGUGAGAACCACUCUUCCUCACUGUGAGAAUGUUUCUAAAUUUGGCUGCCAUUUACUUAAUGAAUGCUUAGAAAAGUAUUAAAAUUAGAAUUUGCAUUAAAUGUACAUUGAUUUAACUUUCAAAACAAGUGGAUGAUCUUACAGACUUCAUUUGAACUGUUGAGGGUGUUGCUUUUGUAUGACUGAAUGACUAAAGCUGACGCACACUCACUUUGUUCCUACGCUCACUUUAGCUUGAUUUAUACCUCUUUGUAGAAUGUAUUUUCAACCUACACAAAAAGCCUAUGCCACUGUGAGCAGUUCUACUGUGUUGGUCUGUCAGUUGCUCUUAGAGAGCUACGGCGCUGGUUUGUAUUGGGCUUUCCUUACAGCUUUAGAUUCUUCGUGCAAAAAAAAAAUAAAGUGAUGCAGCAAUCAGAAUUUUGCAGCCAAUUACCAAUCUCCAGUUUUCCAAACCUGUGACCUGCCUAUGCAGAUUUUAGCUGGUUUAAUAUUUUUUGGAACGAUGAUAUAAAAGAUCAGCAA